GUACUCAGAUGACACAUAGGUACAACCAGUCUCUGCACUAAGCUAUAAGCGUGUUUAUAUAUUAGUGUUUCGUAUGUCUGUACUGUCAUAGCAGUAUUAGCACAACACUCACACUUAGCACACGCGACCAGUUUUCGUUCAAUGUCUACAAUGGGUUCUCUAGCAAUCGUGACACUUUUUGCCAUCGUUCUCAUCGCCGCUUAUUCAGAAGCCGCUACUGGCAGCUGUCCUCUCCCUUCGAAGGUCUACAGCUGCAGUCCAAAAUGCCAGCAGACUUACGACUGCAGCCACGGGAAGGUGUGCUGCCCUAACUCAUGCAACGCCAAGUCCUGCGUUGAUUUAGCCACUGUUGCAGGUGGAAAUAAUGAUAAAUACUCACAGUCUGGUGGUGCAGGCGUAUUUUGCAAUAAUCAAAAAUGCAGUCCCUUCGAGAAAUGUAAACUGGACCCUGCCACGAAGAAAAUGAAGUGCAUGCGGGCAUAAAUUAUUUAAAAAUAUUCCUAUAUUUAGUCUAAAUUAUAUAUUGUUCGUUUUUUUAUUGAACUGUUAUGAAAUCCAUAUGUUCUAUUUGUAUAUCUUUAAACUUACUUAGACACGAAAAACUAUCUUAUUUAAACAAAGCUUCUGUGAACGAUUGUUUCAGAAAAAUACUGUGAAACUUAACUUAAAAUUGAAUUUUAGCGAAUGUUAUAUUAGAUUUUAUUGCUUUUACAAUAAAGUAUUUAUUUCA